AUGCAGGUGCAGUCAGUGCAAUAUGAACAGCCCGUGGCCGGACUCGCGGCUUCCAUCAAUCCGACAAACUCGGCUGAGCCAGCUGAGUGGCAACAGAUUGAGCAGGCAGUGGUGAGCAAUUGCUUAAAGACGGAGGAAGCCACGGCCGUGGCCGUCGUGACGCCAGAGCCAGCGGCCUCACCGAGUGCACCGUGUGGAUGGGUUGGCGACCAGGUUGAACCCUUCGUGGCUCAUCCAGCGCCUUCCGCCUGGGUGACGGAUGACAACAACGAAGACUUGGACAUCGACACUCCACGCCUCUCAAGGUUUGAACCGUGCGCGUUUCGCAGAAGGCCUUCAGCACGCAGCGAGUCGAGCGUGGCGGUUUCUGAGGACCUGCUGGACUUCGUGCCUGACAGGAGUGCCUGGCUUCUCCACGGAGAGAAGGACAGGCCUCCCUCGGCUGCGCGGGCUCCCCUGGCUCCGGCGGCUUACCCCAGCGCGGCUUCAAGAUGGAGCCACCGCAGCCGAACGUCUGAGAAGCAGGCCUUGCAGGCCAUGCUGGCCGAGUUCACUCCACGCAUGUCGGAGUUCAUUCCGUCUUCGAAGGAGCUGCCUUCGACACAGCAGGAGCUCCUGCACCUGAGGCCAGAUGAGCGUCUGACGUCAUCCCACGUGGACGUCAGUCUGGAUGAGGUUGCGGAUCCAGACCUCAAUGCGUUUGUCCCCGUGCGGCACGACCAGGGCAUGGCUGGUACCUCAGCCAUGCACCUGGGGCCGCCUCGUGAGCUUCGGUGGGAGGUGCCAGGACUCGAUGAGGGUGCAACUCCUCGGCUGACGCAGUUCAUGCCUUGCUAUCCAGGAGUGCGCGCUUGA